CUAGGGUGUUCUAGCCACCCUACCCUGGCUAUAGUAGCGUAGCAAUAGUAGCGAUAGUAGCCUGGCUCGCGACCUAUUUGGAUCGACCUUGCGUGUACCCGUGUACGGUGUACUUCCCAUCAUAACAAGGGAAGGGCGACAGUGUGCAAGGGUGGGCGAGCGUUCGCGUAUGCGGGCAGGUGUUGCUGCUCAGUAGUCGUCUAGUCUCGUAUUUCCUUCGCGGUAGCGAGCACAGGGUCACAGUGGGUCGACGAGGCACGGUGCCAAUCGUAAUGCCGCAGAAUACGACCGUCCAGGCGGGGCUUGGGGCGCUCGCGAGUUGACGGCUGGCCUCGGUCGCGUUCGUACGCAGUACCACCGUGGCAUGGCAAAUGGUCGGCCGUGCUGCGUUCACUACGCAAAUCACACACUCCGGGAAGGAGCAGCAUGAGUGGCGGCAACACGCUUCGGCGGACGGCGGGCGAGGACGCGGGCGUCGAGUGGCUCUACGAGGUGCUUAGUGAGGUGCAGCUGGAACAGUUCUUCAUGAAGAUCCGGGACGAGCUGCAGGUGACGCGGCCGCGCCACUUCGACUUCGUCCAGACCGAGGACCUGGAGAAGAUAGGCAUGGGCAAGCCCGCGGCGCGUCGUCUGCUCGACACGGUCAAGAAGCACCGCGCCUCCCAGUGGAAGCGAAACCUGCUCAGCCGCCUGCUGCCCGUCAAGGCCCGUCAGCAACCGCAGCCGUCGGUGGUGAUUGGGUCGUCUCCGACGGGCGACCUCAGCACCCUAACGUGCCUGAUCAACGAGAAGGACGUGACGCUGGCGAGCAAGCUGGGCGACGGCUCGUUCGGCGUCGUGGUUCGCGGCGAGUGGGACGCCCCGGACGGUCGCACCAUCCCGGUGGCCGUGAAGAUACUCAAGGAAGACGCCCUGUCGCAGCCGGGCGCCUUCGAGGACUUCAUGAAGGAGGUGAACGCCAUGCAGCAGCUGCGCCACCCCAACCUCGUCCAGCUGUUCGGCGUGGUGCUCAGCGCCCCGCUCAUGAUGGUCACCGAGCUGGCGCCACUCGGCUCCCUGCGCGACUACCUGCGCAAGCAGUGCCGCCGGCUGCCGGUCUCCCGCCUGGUCGAGUACGCGCUGCAGGUAGCCAACGGCAUGGCCUUCCUCGAGUCGCGCCACUUCAUCCACCGGGACCUGGCGGCGCGAAACGUGCUCCUGGCGGCCGCCGACGCACUCAAGAUCGGCGACUUCGGCCUCAUGCGCGCCCUGCCCACGCACGAGGACUGCUACGUCAUGGCCGAGCAGAAGAAGGUACCAUUCCCAUGGUGUGCCCCAGAGAGCCUCAAGUCGCGCCACUUCUCGCAUGCCAGCGACACGUGGAUGUUUGGGGUGACCCUGUGGGAGACAUUCAGCUUUGGCCAAGAGCCCUGGGUCGGGCUGAGUGGUGCUCAGAUCCUACAGCGCAUCGACCAGCUUGGCGAGCGGCUGCCCCAGCCCGAGGCAUGUCCCGGGGAUGUCUACCAGCUGAUGCUUCAGUGCUGGGCACACGCACCGGCUGACCGGCCCACAUUUCCCGCACUCAAGGACUUCCUUCUCGAGGCACGGCCACCUGUGCUGCGUGUGCUGCGAACCGUGCAGGAGAGUGGGCGGCUGGAACUGGAGCCUGGUGACCUGGUGGAGGUUCUGGAUGGCCGGCCCGAGCACCACUGGUGGCGAGGCCAGAGCCAGCGCACCUUCCGCCUCGGCCAGUUCCCCCGCAGUGCCUGCGAGUCCCUGUCACGUGUCAGCCCCCGCGACAUCAGCCGACCACUGCGAAACAGCUUCAUUCAUACGGGACACAUGGACGUGAGUGGUCGCACUUGGGGAAACCCGGGUUCCAUCGAUGAGCUGUACUUGCGCAACCCCAUGGAGCCACCGGACUUGUUAGGCCUACCGCCCGAGAACGACGAACCACCCCCUCCACUGGCAGCGCGGCUACAAGAGCUCGCACGCCGCUCCUCACAGAACAACCCCAUUGCCAAGAGGACGACGCGUAUGCGCCAGUACAGCUACAACCGCUUCGUCGACGACGAUCCUGGCAGAGAGGGGGGACAGGCAUCUCCCAUACGUCUGCUGGCAUCCUUGGGUGCCUGCGGGUCGAGUGAUUCCCCUCCAGAGCCCGAAUCCAAGCCCAGCCCUGUCAAAGAGGGUAGUCCUGAUUGACCUGUGCAGUGAAAUCGACACCACCCUCCAGGUUGCCCCAUCCGCAAAUCGGUGC